CACCGCCGCCUCCCGCACCCACCGCCGCCACCUUCUCCUUCUGUUACGCCGCCGCCGCCAGCCUCCGCCAUCCGCCGCCCACCACCGCCAGUUGGGCCACGAGGAGAAAGCCCACCUUGCCGCCGGUGGGCCCACGUGGGCUACGGCCCACCAACCAGGCCCGUGGCGGCUGUGGGGCCCACCGGGCGGCGUGAUGACGCGUUGCGCUGCUUAGAGCUGAGCUGCCGUGCGAACGUGGACUGUGCUCUGGAGGCAUCAGAGCAUGUGGCUGCGACGCGGAGCGGAGAUGCCACUCCUCUACUAAAAUAACCAAAAAAAGGUAAUUAAAAAUUAAUUAAAAUAUUAAUAGGCUGUGCUUGCAAAUAGGUCAAAGCGCAGGGCGGCUGCGCUGUGGCUGCGCCGGCUUGGAUUGGAGCAGACUUCACCUGAGUAUUCGGGAUCCCCGCCUCUCCUCCGCGGCCAGUUCAUCUCAGGUGACACUAGAAGAUAUUUGUCCUUGAAAAGGCCGAAUUGUGUGCUAGUGCACCGGAAAGCUUUGCACCAACUGUCCGGUUGAGUUCAAAUAAGAGCAGUGCCUGCAUGCUGUUAUAAUGAUUUUUUCUGUACCCUGGUCUCUGAACCACUGAAGAUCGUGGCAUUAUAUCUUUGAUGGACACGACCUUGGUGGUGAUAGUGUUCAUUUAGUCAUUUAUAAGCCCUCCCUUUUGAAAUAUAUUGUUCUAUAAGUAGUGCCUAGAGGAUUUUCUUGAAAUAGAUUGCUACAAUGGAUGACAGGAGGACAAUUUUGAUGGAUCGCUAUGAAAUAGGUAGGCAGUUAGGACAGGGAAAUUUUGCCAAGGUAUAUUAUGCUCGGAAUCUCACAAGCGGACAGGCCGUUGCAAUAAAGAUGAUUGAUAAGGAGAAGGUAACAAGGGUUGGGCUAAUGGUGCAGAUAAAGAGGGAGAUUUCAAUAAUGAGAUUAGUAAAGCAUCCAAACAUUCUUCAGCUUUUUGAGGUGAUGGCAAGCAAGAGCAAAAUUUACUUUGUUUUGGAGUAUGCUAAAGGCGGUGAACUUUUCAAGAAAAUAUCCAAGGGAAAGUUCAGUGAAGAUGUUGCGAGGCGGUAUUUCCAUCAGUUGAUCAGUGGUAUAGACUACUGCCACAGCCGGGGUGUUUAUCACCGUGAUUUGAAGCCAGAAAACCUACUUCUAGAUGAGAAUGAGAGCUUAAAAGUCUCGGAUUUUGGUUUAAGUGCCCUUUCUGAGUCCAAGAGACAUGAUGGCCUCCUUCAUACCACCUGUGGAACUCCAGCUUAUGUUGCUCCUGAAGUUCUUAGUAGGAGAGGCUACGACGGUGCGAAGGCUGAUAUAUGGUCUUGUGGAGUAAUUCUGUUUGUGCUUGUAUCUGGCUACCUUCCUUUCCAUGACACAAAUCUUAUAGAGAUGUAUAGAAAGAUUGCCAAAGCUGAAUACAAAUGCCCUCGUUCCUUUUCUGCUGAGUUGAAGGAUCUGCUAUAUAAGAUACUUGAUCCAGAUCCAAGUACUAGAAUUUCUAUCCCGAAGAUAAAGAGAAGCGCUUGGUACAGAAAAUCCAGUGAUGUAAAUGCACUGAAGAGCAAACAUGAAACAGGAGACAAGGUGUAUAAGGGUGAAGCCACAACCUCUGACACAACAGAAUGCAGUAUUUUUGAGGGAAAUCGUGCGUCAUCAAGAGACAAAGUGUACACUAAUGGUGAAGCCACAACCUCUGACUCACCAGAAUGUAGUAAUUCCGAUGGAAAGCAAGCUUCAUUAAGCCUCCCGAACUUGAACGCGUUUGACAUCAUUUCUCUGUCUACCGGGUUUGACUUAUCCAAUUUGUUUGAAGAAAGAUAUGGCCGGAGGGAAGAGAGAUUUACCACUAGGCAACCGGCGGCAGCUAUAUUUGCUAAGCUAAAUGAAUUGGCCAGACGCUUCAAGCUCAAAAUUAAGAAAAAAGAAAAUGGGGUUCUGAGGUUGGUAGCACCAAAGGAAGGAAUAAAAGGAUUACUUGAGCUUGAUGCUGAGGUUUUUGAGCUUGCUCCAUCUUUCCAUUUAGUUGAAUUUAAAAAGUCCAAUGGGGACACUAUAGAAUAUCAAAAGCUCAUGAAGGAAGAUAUAAGGCCUGCACUUAAGGAUAUAGUUUGGGCAUGGCAAGGAGGUCAGCACCAGCAACCUGAGCAAUCUAUGCAAGGAAUGCAAGGAGAGCAGCAGCCGUCACGUUUACCAUCACAGCAGCCACAGGGCUAAUUAAUCCGCUACAUUGCCGACAAAAGCCAGGACAGGCUGCCAACGCAGUUGCCGCCUGUAAAACAUGUGACCAGUUGCAAAUACCACGACCAGGUUUACAAUACAACUUCAGCUGCAGAGCUUGUUCCAUCAGAGGCCAGAGUCACAACUUGUUCACAUACAUUGGAUCGUUGUUCAGGUUUACCCUGUUCUAGUUUCUCCAUUUCGUACCAUUUGGCUUAAUUUUUUUGUUCCCUAGCUUCUUUACAUUUCAGUAUUUCUUCUGAUAAUUGUAUAUUCCAUUUUUACUAAGGAUACAAAGUAUAUAUGAGUCAAUUUUGGAACAUGUAUAUAUGAGUCAAGCAACUGUGCACUACAGGAGUUUGUUUCAGUGUAACCAACGAUGUUGGCCAGUCCAAAUGUAAAUUUUUGCAUGCAACCGAUA